GUUUUGUCGCUCCUUUUUCUGACUUUUCGUUCGCAACCCGGAAUGUGAAAACACAAAUCCCGUCCGUGUUGGUGCAAGUAGGUACCCCCAAACCGAAUUUACUGGGCCAAGUGCAUCCUGGGAAGUCACCAACCGGUGCACAACCUUGAAACAGUGGAGGCUAGCCUGAGUCUGGGAGCGGUACCCGUCCCGUUUGCAGGUUCCAGUGGGGGUCUCAAUGGCUCCUCCACGCCUGGGCUACAGGAAAUCCCGUGCAGGCUGUCUGAGGUGUAAGAAGCGACGCGUCAAGUGCGAUGAAAACCGCCCCUGCAGGGCUUGCGUGCGUCACGGAGUUGUGUGCAGUCUCGGGGUGCCAAGCUCUGGCACUUCGGCACAGACUUCGUCCUCGCUAUCACGAGAAACAUCGCCAGCAGUUUCAUCACAUAGCCCUGUCGCGUGGAUAGUCGAGAGACCACGGCUCAUCCAGCCACGCCGCCCGUCGUCAGCUGAGGCAUCUACCCCCCCGGCCUUGAUCGACACGCCAACUCCUCUACCCGCUGCUUCCCCUCUCUCGUUUGAGCCAGCAGACACGCCCAUAACAUCCUCUCCGGACCCAUUUCCCUACUUUGCCAAGUUCUCCACCGACAGGGCGGAACGGGGGACAGCAAGCUGGCUCGAGGACCUCGAGCUGCUGCACCACUUCACCGCCACAACCUGGAAGACGCUGUCCCAGCACGGCGUCCACAAGCUGAGCGACCUGUGGCAGGUCGACAUCCCGAAGCAGAGCUUCCAGAACGUGUUCCUGCUGCACCAGAUCCUCGCCACGUCGGCCCUCCACCUGGCCUUCCUGCACCCGGCGCAGCGAGCUAAGCGUGCGCUGCAGGCCUCGCAUCACCAGAGCCUGGCCAUCCAGGGCAUCCGCGUCGCGCUGACCGACAUCACGCCCGACAACUGUCACGCCUUGUUUGCCUCGUCGGGGCUGUUCUUUGUCAGCGGCUUUGCCGCCUCGCGGCCCGACGAGAACACCCCCGACGGCGCCGGCCCCAAGAUAGACGACCUAGUCGACGUCUUCCGUCUGCUGCGCGGCAUCACGUGCGUUCUGGAAGCGUCCGGAGACUUGCUCCGCAGCGGUCCGCUCGGCAGGAUGUUCUCCCACCAGGAGGAAGGCAACGGCUUGACCGUCGAGCUCCAGCAGCUGAUGACCCAGAUCGAAGAUUUUCUCUCCCGGGUUCGCCAGGCCGGCGGCCACAACAGCAUCGGUGGUGACGACAACGAAGCCAUCCAUUUUGCCAGCCAGGUGCAGACAACGCGGGGAAGGGACGUCGUCGAAGCUGCCGGCAACCACCUCAACCGCGUCAUCGCCACCACGUGCGCCACGCUGAAGAGCCCCGAGUACCGCAUCAUCGCCGAGUGGAUCAUCGCUGCCGGCGACGAGUUCAUCACGUUGCUCCGGCAGAAGAACCAGAUGGCCCUGGCCCUGCUGUCGUACUACUGCGUCGUGCUGCACAUCUCGGGGCGGGGCUACUGGUUCACCAGAGGAUGGAGCCAGAGCGUCAUGCAGGACAUGGCGGCGGCCAUGACGGCCCCGUGGGACCAGGACUCGGCGUGGGCCGUUAGCUGGCUUGCGAGCCACCCGAUUGAAAGUCACCCGGAGACGCUAUAACCAGGAGAAUAACCAGCAGAAGAGAGAGAGUUGGCCGUUUACAAGGAAGCCAGGAGACCUAUACAUCAAUGCAUACAUCAAUACAUCACAUAUGCUGUAAUUGGCGGGAAAACAAAUGUCACAGGUUAUAGAUGAUAAAUUCCACCGUCAAAACACCACGCGCCCCGUGUG